AGGGAUUGACGAUUGGUCUAACCAAUCGGGUACGCCAAGUCGGCGGGUGGAUGAACGCGGCCUUCUGUAAUGGCGGAGCGUGGCGGGGACGGGGGAGACGGUGAACGAUUCAACCCCGGGGAGCUCAGGAUGGCUCAACAGCAGGCCUUGAGGUUUCGAGGCCCGGCUCCCCCACCGAAUGCAGUGAUGCGAGGCCCGCCACCUCUCAUGCGACCUCCUCCACCCUUUGGUAUGAUGAGGGGCCCUCCACCACCACCUCGGCCCCCCUUUGGACGUCCUCCUUUUGAUCCCAAUAUGCCGCCAAUGCCUCCUCCAGGAGGGAUUCCUCCCCCCAUGGGUCCUCCACACCUCCAGAGACCACCUUUCAUGCCUCCACCAAUGGGAACCAUGCCUCCUCCUCCGGGUAUGAUGUUUCCACCAGGAAUGCCUCCUGUGACUGCUCCUGGCACUCCAGCACUGCCUCCGACUGAAGAGAUAUGGGUAGAAAAUAAAACUCCAGAUGGAAAGGUUUAUUAUUACAAUGCUCGAACACGCGAAUCUGCAUGGACCAAGCCAGAUGGAGUUAAGGUUAUUCAGCAGUCAGAACUGACACCUAUGCUUGCAGCCCAGGCUCAGGUUCAGGCCCAAGCACAGGCCCAGGCCCAGGCUCAGGCCCAAGCCCAGGCUCAGGCUCAAGCUCAGGCCCAGGCCCAAGCUCAGGCCCAAGCUCAGGCUCAGGCUCAGGCUCAGGCUCAGGCCCAAGCUCAGGCCCAGGCUCAGGCCCAGGCUCAAGCUCAGGCCCAGGCUCAAGCUCAGGCCCAGGCCCAGGCUCAAGCUCAAGCUCAAGCUCAGGCCCAAGCUCAGGCCCAGGCCCAGGCCCAGGCCCAGGCUCAGGCUCAGGCACAGGCACAAGUGCAAGCACAAGCAGUAGGAGCUUCUACCCCUACGACCAGCAGUCCAGGACCUGCAGUAUCCACUUCAACCUCAUCGUCCACCCCAUCCUCUACCACUUCUACGACAACAACUGCCUCUUCAGUUUCGCAGACAGUAUCAACACCCACAACACAAGAUCAGACCCCAAGUUCUGCUGUUUCAGUUGCCACGCCUACAGUUAGUGUUUCAGCUCCUGCUCCUUCAGCCACACCUGUGCAAACCGUUCCCCAGCCGCACCCCCAGACGUUACCUCCUGCUGUCCCUCAUUCAGUACCUCAACCAGCUGCAGCAAUACCUGCUUUUCCACCAGUAAUGGUACCUCCGUUUCGUGUUCCCCUUCCUGGCAUGCCAAUUCCACUUCCAGGUGUAGCAAUGAUGCAAAUAGUCAGCUGCCCGUAUGUAAAGACAGUCGCUACCACCAAGACCGGUGUAUUGCCAGGAAUGGCCCCUCCUAUCGUACCCAUGAUACAUCCCCAGGUUGCUAUUGCAGCUUCACCUGCUACCUUAGCUGGAGCAACAGCAAUUUCUGAGUGGACUGAAUAUAAGACAGCAGAUGGGAAGACUUACUAUUAUAAUAAUAGAACAUUAGAAUCAACCUGGGAAAAGCCCCAAGAACUAAAGGAGAAAGAAAAAUUAGAGGAGAAGAUUAAAGAGCCAAUUAAAGAACCUUCUGAAGAACCUUUACCAAUGGACACAGAAGAGGAAGAUCCUAAAGAAGAACCGAUAAAAGAGAUCAAGGAGGUAAAACUCCAUCAUCUGCUACCCUGGGAGCCAGCCAGCAUGACUUGUUGGGAACCCAAGGAAGAAGAGAUGACUGAAGAAGAAAAGGCUGCCCAGAAGGCAAAGCCAGUAGCUACUACACCUAUUCCUGGUACUCCAUGGUGUGUUGUUUGGACUGGGGAUGAACGGGUCUUCUUCUACAAUCCUACCACCCGUCUUUCUAUGUGGGACCGACCUGAUGAUCUCAUUGGAAGGGCAGAUGUUGACAAAAUUAUUCAAGAACCUCCUCAUAAAAAAGGAAUGGAAGAAAUGAAGAAAUUAAGACACCCGACCCCAACAAUGCUGUCCAUCCAAAAGUGGCAGUUCUCAAUGAGUGCAAUUAAAGAUGAACAAGAUUUAAUGGAAGAAAUUAAUGAAGAUGAACCUGUUAAAGCCAAAAAACGGAAGAGAAUGUCAAAGAAGUCCUUUAUGUGGAUUGCCCGAGCUUCUCUAUUUAGGAGAGAUGAUAAUAAAGACAUUGAUUCAGAGAAAGAAGCUGCCAUGGAGGCUGAAAUUAAAGCUGCCCGAGAAAGGGCCAUUGUCCCUCUGGAGGCCCGAAUGAAGCAGUUCAAGGACAUGCUGCUAGAGAGAGGGGUGUCUGCCUUUUCAACAUGGGAGAAGGAGUUGCACAAGAUAGUUUUUGAUCCUCGGUACUUAUUACUCAAUCCUAAGGAGAGAAAACAGGUAUUUGAUCAGUAUGUAAAGACCAGAGCAGAGGAAGAACGCAGGGAAAAGAAAAACAAAAUAAUGCAAGCCAAGGAAGAUUUCAAAAAAAUGAUGGAAGAAGCAAAAUUUAAUCCAAGAGCUACUUUCAGUGAAUUUGCAGCCAAGCAUGCUAAAGAUUCAAGAUUCAAAGCAAUUGAGAAGAUGAAAGAUCGAGAAGCUUUGUUUAAUGAAUUUGUGGCAGCUGCAAGGAAGAAAGAGAAAGAAGAUUCAAAGACCAGGGGUGAGAAGAUUAAAUCAGAUUUCUUUGAGCUGUUGUCUAAUCAUCAUUUGGACAGUCAGUCUCGAUGGAGUAAAGUAAAAGACAAAGUAGAAAGUGAUCCACGUUACAAAGCAGUGGACAGUUCAUCAAUGAGAGAAGAUCUUUUCAAACAGUACAUUGAAAAAAUAGCUAAGAAUUUAGAUUCAGAGAAAGAAAAGGAGCUUGAAAGACAGGCCCGCAUUGAGGCAAGUCUUCGAGAACGAGAAAGGGAGGUUCAAAAGGCUCGGUCAGAACAGACAAAAGAAAUAGAUCGAGAGAGAGAACAACACAAACGAGAAGAAGCUAUCCAGAAUUUCAAGGCUCUUCUGUCUGACAUGGUACGUUCUUCAGAUGUAUCAUGGUCUGAUACUCGGAGGACUCUCCGGAAAGAUCACCGUUGGGAAUCUGGAUCCUUAUUGGAAAGAGAGGAGAAAGAGAAACUUUUUAAUGAACACAUUGAAGCACUUACCAAAAAGAAGCGGGAGCACUUUAGGCAACUUCUGGAUGAAACUUCUGCAAUUACCUUAACAUCUACAUGGAAAGAAGUAAAAAAAAUCAUUAAGGAAGAUCCUCGGUGCAUUAAGUUUUCUUCCAGUGACAGGAAAAAACAGCGAGAGUUUGAAGAAUACAUCAGAGACAAAUACAUCACAGCCAAAGCUGACUUCAGGACACUUUUGAAAGAGACCAAAUUUAUAACAUAUAGAUCCAAAAAACUAAUCCAAGAAUCUGAUCAGCACCUGAAAGAUGUAGAAAAGAUCUUGCAGAAUGACAAACGGUAUCUAGUACUAGACUGUGUGCCAGAGGAGAGGCGCAAACUGAUUGUGGCGUAUGUGGAUGACCUGGAUCGCAGGGGUCCACCUCCACCACCUACAGCUUCAGAGCCCACAAGACGAUCAACAAAAUAGUUCUCAAUGCUCUUCCACAAGGGGGCGUAUCUAGUAACUCAAAACACUUGCAUGAGCCAAUUUUCAGGUUUUUACAUGUAUGUGCAUUAGUCAAAUUCUGACAAAACCAUCUGACGGAAGGAGAAGCAUUUGUGAACAGUUUCUGAACAGAGAACACUUUGGAAAUAUUUAUGCUUUACUUUGUGUGGCAUGACUGACAUACAUACUCAAAUAUAGGCUGUCUCUAGUAAAUCUAAAAUCUUGAAGCUAAAAAUCAUCCUUUUAUGAGGUGUGAAAGCCAGUUACUUUUGGUGACAUUCUUUCUAGCAGUGUUACACAUGCAAGACUGUAAAGUAAGUUAAUUUGUGGUUUGAAUUUGCAAGAUGCAAAUACCACAGACUCCAAGAAAUCCUAAAUUUGGGUUUGUUUUGUUUUGAUUUUGUUUUUUAAAACGGGUAAAAACACUGAAAAUUGAAUACUUCCAGGGGCUGGUUAUUAUAAUGGACAUACUUUUACCUUUGUCUCUAAAGAACACUUCAGAUUUAUUUGUUCACGUAUGUGUUAAUGAUCCCCUUUGAAUUAUAGGCCAGGUCUUACCUAGCCUAAGAGAAGAUUUAUUUAGUAAUUUCUUCUCAGGUAUGGAACCACAGUCAUAACACAGUUGCAGGAUAGAACUGCUGGUUAGACAUUUUAUUCACCACUAAAUGAUCUUUACCAAUAUUCUGGAUUAGACAACAAAUUACCUGAGUAUUCUCUGUAAACUAUACUCCUGUUUGAAUGUUAACCUUUUGUUUCUAAAGUUUAAUUUUAAGAUGUUUGAAUAUUCAGUUUAUGUAUUUGAACUACAAUAAACCAACACUUUUUAUAUA